AUGUUGUUCGCGGAAAGCAGUACGAAACUUCAACAUGUUGUCAACCUUGUACCGAAGCUGGCUGCAGCCUAUGGACUACGCUUACGCCCUGAUAAAUGCAAGCAGAUGUGGAUCUCUUCGAGACCUCGAACGGGAAUCAGGGUGGAGGAUAUCAUCGCCAGAUAUCAACAUCUUACACCGCCAUCGAAAAUGGUUAUAGAAAAUUGUCUUCGCUUAUUUGGUCAUGUAAUAAGCAGACCAGCAGAUCGCCUUGUUGAACGAGUUUUGAGAAGUUUGUCAUAUUCAAGCUGGAAGAGGCCACCUGGCCGAAGCGGAGGUUCUGGAGUGAGGCGGAUAUGGAGUAGCAACGAAUGGAUUGAUUCCGUGCAAGCUGUCGCAGAAGAUCGAGAAGGUUGGGCAGAGCUAUGUUCAAGGACGACACGUCUAUGCGAAGAUGCGGGUAAUAGCGUCAGGCGAUGUCGUCACGCCGAUCAAGUCAAGUAA